AUGAAUACCGGGUGUUUUAAAGGAACAGUUCUUAAAAGUCUUUUUAUUCCAAAAUAUGUCUCAGUGAUAUAUGCAAACAUAGAAUCACCAAAACCGCUUAAAACAAUCGAAUGCGAUGAAUUAAGUGAAUUAUUCACUUCAGUGAAUGGGAUUUUAUAUACAAAAGAUAAAAAAUCACUCGUUUUCUUUCCGAGAAAUCACUCCAAAUCAUUCACAACUCCAGACUUUAUUGAAAAUAUUGGAUAUUUUGCAUUUGGAUAUUCAUUGCUCGAAUCCAUUACAUGUACGCCAAACGUCAAAACAAUCGAAACAUAUGCAUUUGUUAACUCGCAAUUAAAGUCAUUGAAUCUUCCAUCUUUCAUUAAUUUAAAUGGCAUUGGACAAUUUCAAAGUUGCCUAAGCCUAAAUGAAAUUACGAUUGAGGAUGGAGUCACAAUAAUUAGCCCUUUAUGCUUUUCAGUGGCAAAUAUAUCUAGUAUUGUAUUUCCAAAUACAUUAAAAAUUAUUGGCCCUAAUGUUUUUUCAUAUUGUUAUAAUCUGAUUAAUGUAACAAUCCCCAGUUCAGUUACAUAUUUAGGAGGUAGAUGUUUCUCUUCGCAUACCAACAUUACUUUUGAGGAAGGAUCUAGAUUCAUCCGAGAUGAUCAAAAUCUAAUAUAUAAUUCAAGAACAGCUCUGUCUUUAUGUUUGAGCGAGAAAGAAUCAUAUACAAUUCCAGAAAAUGUUGAAGUGAUUCGUGACAGCGUAUUUAGUGAAAAUGGCAAUCUAAAAACUAUUGUUUUUGAUGGUGAAACCAUGCUUAGAGCUAUAGAUCCCUAUGCAUUUGCAAACUGCAGAAAUUUAACAAAUAUUAUUCUUCCAAAUUCUCUUGAAACAAUUGGACGAUGCGCAUUUUUAGGUUGCACAGCAAUCAGAAAUUUAAAAUUCGGAAACAAACUGAAAGCAAUAUAUGAUGUAACUUUUCAAGGUUGUACAAGUCUUGAAACAAUCGAUUUUUCAGAAUGCGGAAAUGCAACAAUUAGAGAAAAUGUAUUUAAUUCUUGUAAGAAUCUCAAAAAUAUAGUUUUCUCAAACAAUUUAACAGCGAUUCAGAGUUCAUGUUUCUUGAAUUGUUUUUCGUUGAGAGAAAUUGUUUUCCCAUCAUCAUUAGAGAAUAUUCAUUCAUAUGCAUUCAGUAACACAGGAAUCACAAACAUCACAUUCCCAGCAGACUGUAAACUUACAUCUAUUGGUAUGGGUUGUUUCAGCAAAUGUUAUAAUCUUUCACACAUCACACUUCCUCCAAAUGUCAAAGAGAUCGGAUCUAACUGCUUCGAGAACACGAACAUCACAACUUUCAUAGUUCCAAAUCGCACAGAGUACAUGUCAGACUACGUCUUCAAAGGAUGCACAAACCUCGUCAAGUUCACAAUUCCAGAAGACUGCUCUCUUCGAAACAUCGGUAACUUGUUCUUCGACGGAUGUUCAUCUCUUUCUGUCAUCGAAUGUCCACGAAGUGAAUACUUCUCAGUCGAUGUCGGUGCUCUUUACAACAAGUCGGAGACAGUCCUCUUCUGCUUCCCUCCAGCGUCAGAUAUCAAGUUCUUCAACCUCCCACAGACACUUCGAACUAUAUCAUCAGGCGCAUUCAUCGGAUGCAGAAAUCUGAUCAGCAUCUCUAUCCCAGAUGACUCCGUUCGUACCAUCAAACAAUAUGCAUUCGCGAACUGCUCUUCACUGACAUCGAUCAACAUCCCUAAGUGCGUCGAAAACGUCGAGAGUUCUAUCUUCUUCGGAUGUGAUCAUCUUCGAUGUGGUGUCAUCAUCGAGAACAGGUCAAUCUCAUUCAUUCGAAAGAUCAUAUCAGAAUGUCUUCUUAACCCUAAAGCUAUAUACUCAUGUGACUUCCUUACAUGUCAAUGCAGAAUCAUCAACACUGAAAUCACAAAAUCACUUCUCUAUGCAUGCACUAUUAUUCUAUACUUAGGACUAUUCUAA